AUGGCAAACUUGUGGUUUGUGACAUUCAUUUUGGCUACAUGGGCUGUGGGGGCGGUGAACAGUACUUCACGGCACCAGCUCGGUGAACCGGCAAUGUCACCGGAGCUGGAGGAGGCGGUGGCGCCGACACCCGUGAUCGACUGCUCCAGCCUGAUAUACAACAUGGCAGACUGUCUCUCAUUUCUGAGCGACGGCAGUGACGAAACGACGCCGGACAAUACUUGUUGUUCUGGUUUCAAGUUGGUGAUGGACACCGAUGCAGAUUGUAUAUGUGAAGCUCUAAGGAGUAGUUCUGACUUGGGUAUUGAAAUCAACAUGACACAGGUCAUGACUUUGCCCUCUGCCUGUGCAUUCUCGGCUCCUUUCCUUAGUAGCUGCAUUGAAGUCCAUUUAAUUGUCACAUGGAAGUCAUCAUUCUUUUAUCAUCAUCUUCCUGCAGUUAAUCCUCCACCAAAGAAUAUUGCUCCCCCACCGGAAUAUCAAAAUCCUGCACCUCCGGAAGCACAGAAUCCUCCACCUCCACCUCCACCUCCGGAAGCUGAGAGUCCUCCACCAGCUAGUGCUCCACCACCGGAGGCCCAAAAUCCUCCACCUCCCGACUCUGAAAAUCCACCUGCACAAGUGCCAUCAACAUCCACUUCUCCGGCAGCAAAGUCUCCUGCACCUUCCCCGGCGAGCUCAGCAGGAUCAUCUUAUACCACACACAUUUCCUUUCCGGUCCUUUUUAGUAUGGUUGUUGCUUGCCUACUCUAUAUCUUAGUAUAA